AUGUCGACCGACGCUGCCAGCGCUCCAGUUUCGGAGCCUGCACCUCUGCCGGCGCAAUCGACUGCCGACAGCGACCAGGAGGAGCCUACUCUGAGCCAGAUUGAAUGCGCGACGAAGCCCGCCUUCCUCCACUCCCCUCCCGACAGCAACAAUGCACCCAAGUCGGACGCCAGCGACUCGGAGCUCAGCGACCUCGACGAUGACGCCGUCGAACCGCCUCCGAAACAAGAUGAGGCCGAAGUCGAGGACGACAUUGGCGAGGUUGUUCCCGAUCACUGGUCCGGAACGGUCCCUGUCUUCAAGCCGACUAUGCACCAGUUUAAGGACUUUAAGCUAUUCAUGACCAAGGUGGAUAAAUAUGGAAUGAAGUCUGGUAUUAUCAAGAUCAUUCCUCCCUCCGAAUGGAAAGAAUCCCUUCCAAAACUCGACAACCUCGUCAAGCAGAUCAGAGUUAGGGAGCCGAUCAAACAGGAUAUCAUGGGAUCCAAUGGAACAUAUCGACAAGUGAACAUCCUCCACGGAAGAUCGUACAAUCUCCCCCAAUGGCGACAACUUUGCGACCAAAGCGAACACCAGCCCCCAGCGAGGCGUGGCGAACGCCGAGCGAACGUUGAAAAGCCAAAGACUCGAUCCGCUCCUAAACCACGACCAGCGCCCAAGCCGGCUGCUUCCGGCUCUAAGAAACGUGGCCGUGGACGACCGGCCCGAGGCAAGGCCAAAGUCCAGGAAGAGGAGGAAGCCCAAGAGGAAGAGAAGCGACCGAUGACACCGGUAUCGCCGAAGCCUACCGCCGAGGUCGACAUCAAGAAGGAAGAAGUCAUUGACUCGGUCGAGGACCCCGGCAUGGAGGUUGACGAGGAUGAGCCGCCUACGGUCGGCAGGAUGGGUCGCAUGGGUGGCGUGAAGCCUGCGAAACCAAAGACUCAGUCUGUCUCAGCUCGUCGGAAGUACAGUAAAAGAGAAGGCUCUGCGAUGAUUGAUGAGGAGGCGUUCAAGGAUUUCAAUUAUCAAAUGGAUGUCUCGGACUAUACGCCAGAGCGUUGUGAGGAGCUUGAAAGGAUAUACUGGAAGACGCUCACAUAUGCACCUCCAUUGUACGGCGCAGAUCUCAUGGGUACGCUUUUCGACGAGUCGACAGAAAACUGGAACUUGAACAAGCUGCCCAAUCUAUUGGAUGUUCUCGGCACCAAAGUUCCCGGUGUGAACACCGCUUACCUCUAUCUCGGUAUGUGGAAGGCUACCUUCGCAUGGCACUUGGAGGAUGUCGACUUGUACAGCAUCAAUUAUCUCCACUUCGGAGCUCCCAAGCAGUGGUACAGCAUCUCCCAAGCUGAUGCUCGUCGGUUUGAGGCUGCGAUGAAAAACAUCUGGCCCACUGAAGCCAAGGCUUGCGACCAAUUCCUCCGUCACAAGGGAUUCUUGAUCUCGCCCUCACAUUUGAAGCAGCACUACAACAUCACAGUCAACAAAUGUGUCUCCUACCCGGGAGAAUUUGUCGUCACCUAUCCUUACGGCUACCACUCAGGAUACAACCUGGGCUAUAACUGCGCUGAAGCAGUCAACUUCGCUCUUGAGUCUUGGCUCCCCAUGGGAAAGAUCGCCAAGCGAUGCGAAUGCGCACAGGCACAAGACAGUGUGUGGGUUGACGUUUACGACAUCGAACGUAAACUCCGAGGCGAGGAGACAGAGUACGAAGAAACCGAUGAGGAUGAUGAAGAAGAAGACGACGAGGACAUGGAGGACGCCAGCGGCCUCCCGUCACCGCCUAAUAGCAACACAAUUGUCAUCAAACCCGGUCGAAAGAGGAAGCGUGCAACAGGAGACAAGGAUGGGAAGAAGAAGGUCAAGAAAAUUCGCCUCAAGGUCAAGACACGCGCGGAGCCAAUUUGCUGUCUCUGCCCCAAUGACAUCCCUGGCGCAGAAGUCCUCCCGACAGAUGAUGGCCGCAAAGCUCAUCGCAUGUGUGCCCUUUAUCUCCCUGAGACGUACAUCGACACGGUCGACGAUAAGGAGGUCAUUGCAAACGUUGCCAACAUCAAUAAGGAACGACUGGAUCUCAAGUGUCUCUACUGCCGAUCCAAGAAAGGCGCUUGCUUCCAGUGCUCGCAGAAAAAAUGUGCUCGGGCUUACCAUGCCACCUGCGCCGCGGCAGCUGGCAUCUUUGUCGAAGAAGCCGAAGUCCCAGUCUUUGGCGAAGACGGGACCGAGUACAAGGAACAGGCCUUCGAAUUCAGCUGCCGCUUUCACCGUACCAAGAGAGACAGGAAAACCGACGGAGACACUCUUGAAGAUGACGAGCGUAUCCGGAGUGCUGCGGCUGCACUCAAGAAGGGCGAGAUUUGCCAACUACAAUACUACAAGGGUGAUAUCUUUGCUGGUGUUGUGGUGGAGAACCGCGCAGAUGACCAGACCCUACUUCUGGAUAUUAUACCUAACGGGUACGUAUUUACCGGUAACGCAGAGAACCGCACGCUAAUAAAUCUUAGUGACCGUCUGGAAGUCGAGUGGAAGUGGCUCUUGCUGCCCGAUCCCGCUGAUUAUCACCUUCCGAAGGCAUCCGCCCAGGCCAUCCCGAUGCCAUCGUCGCAAAAGGCAAAGGACCAGCUUAACGCGAAGCGGCCUACCGAUGAAAUACCCAGAAAGGAUGCUCCGUUUGUCGAGGGAUUCACUUGGGCAGAAUUCCAUCCAUGUGAUGAAUGCGCCAACCCCAACCAAGUCAGGGUUGAUCUGGCGAAGGAUAACCAAGUAUGGCAUUACCUGGGCAAAACAUCAACAGAGGCCAAGGCACAGUAUUCUGAGGACCCUGCGAAGCAGCAACACAACCCCAAGAGCAACUACCUUGAUACCAUCCCCAAACCCCCGAAGCCGGUCUCUGCGACUGCGGCCCAGCGGAAGACUUCUAAUAUCCCGCCACAGCCAGCACCUAUGCCCACCCCCGGGGUUGUUAUUCAGCCUGGAAUCAAGACAGAAAAGCCAUAUGUGUACAAGCCACGGAAGCCUGUUGAGCCCAACUACACUGGGUCUGGAGCCUUUGCGACACAGAAACUCACUCCCAAGAUUUCUCCCUCGCCUUCGCCUUCAUCAGCGGGCCAGCAACUUCCUUUCGGAUCAGACCCCCGUUACCAGAUGCAGAAUGGCCAGUUUGUCCAACAAAGAUUCGCGCCUGAUGUCCAUCAGUCGUACAUCUCGCGUUACAGCCCCGCUGAACCUGGACAGUACGCGGCUCCCAACACCGCACAACGCCCCAGUCCUUACGGCAAUCCGCCAUCGCACCCGGCAGGUCCCACACGGCCGGCACAGCAGAUGUGGGCAACACCGGCACAGAACUCCAUGCCUCAGCCGCCGGCAAACUCACAAGCCUCAACUCCGCAAAGCCACAGACGGUAUUCGGCAGCACCCACACCUUCGGUUGCCAUGAAGUACGCAUUCUUCCAAGUGCACCAUAACAGAGAUUCGAAGACGUAUCGGACUCCGUAUGCGCCCUGGGGAGGCUUCACCAACGGCUAUGAAGGUAAUCUCAGGGCUCAUCUAAUGCGGACGUCGCCAGAGGCUUUCUUUAAGAACAACCGACAGGGUUCUGCCCAUAGCGGGUCUCCCGCACCCAACUCAGCCGCUCAUUCUCAAGCCCCUGCGCAUGGCAGCCCGUAUUACAAUACCUUUACGAGCACGAUGUCGCAGGGCUCCAUCGGCAUGUAUGGUCGAAAGACAGCAUCCUCAUCGUCUUCAUCAAGUUCAAGGCCGCCGCACGACCCUUCAAGAACACAGUACUCCUCAAUAUCACCAAGCCCAGUACCAAACACCUCACAGGCCAGCCCGAAUGGCUACAAUAAUGGAUGGAAUGCACAACAAACACACUCGACGCCUCUUCACCCGGCAAUUCGCCCGCAGUACGGGACGUGGAUGAGCCAGCCUCAGAGCCAUCCUCAACCUCACGCCCAGCCUGCGCAACCGCAGGCUGCACACCAAACCGCGACGGCACAACCGGCUCAUAGCCAAACACAAGCUGCUCAGACAAAACCUCAGGCUGCACCAAAACCAGCUGCGCCCAAGGUGCAGUACAAGAUACCCGAAAAGCAGACCCCGGUUCCAUUGCCAGCCAAGUACCUGGCGGCUAUGGGAAAGCGACCCUCGACGGCUACCCCUUCCAAGGCUAGCUCACAGUCGACUGAGCCGUCUUCACAAGACACCAAAUCGCCCUCGGCUCCUGGCUCGACAAGUACUACCAAUACGGCUUCGGCACCCAGUGCUCAGAACACUCCGGCCCAGGCCAGCUCUCCUCCGGCGGCGCCGACACCUGCAAAGCAGACAGCGCCUUCUGUUUCGCAAACCCCCGUCCCCGUCCCUCAGACACCUGUACCAGUUCCCAAACAGAGGAUGCCAUUCACGAAUCAAUUUUCUGCCAACCGGCCUACCCAGCCCCAGUAUCAGGUUCAUGCCCCGGCGUCUACAGCACAAACAGCCCAACGGCCGCUUCGGCCAAUGAGUCAUGUCCAGACAGAGCAUCAUUCGUUGAACCCAGCGGAGAUUUUGGCGCAGAUUGCUACGCAGCCUCGCAUGAACCCUCCCACGCCCACGACGCCUCACCAGUUAAUGCCUUCGCCAGCAUCGCAGCAAGCCCCAAUGUCCCAGCACUAUCCGGCGCAACAGGCGCAGCAGGGAAUGAUACAACAACCUACGCACCAGUACCAUUCGUAUGCACCACAACAAGGUCAAUAUCAGCCGGUACAGCCCCAUCAACAUAUGCACAACAUGGCGCCUUCCAAUCAAGCUCCGCAAGCCCCGACUGGCGAGGUGCCACUACCAGAAGUACCUGCAGACUCGACGGCGUUGGUGGAAAGGAUGAUGCAAAACCUUCGCCGAGCCGCCUUCCAUGGCUGA